AUGGUCGGCACAACACAGAGACCAGAUCGUGACACAGAUAUCCAAGAUCAGAACUUCGACCUCUUCAAAGACUGUCUAGCAAGUCGAGUCCUUGUCCGCCUAUCCGGUUCAGCUCAAGGCGACACUGGCGAUAGUACUGAGGAUCUAGACGAGUUCAGCCUCUAUCUCGCACAAGAAGCCUGGCCUACAAUUCCUCAAUCAAUGCGGGGGCUCACAUAUAAUACGUCACCGAUACCCGAAGCAGAGGAUAUACCCAUCAACAUUUCACCAACUUUAAUAGACACUUUGUUUGCGUAUGGCAUUCUUCCUUCUGGUUCACUAGACGGCCCCGAUCCGGACGCUGCACAAGCAUUCAUCCUCCACGUUCUUACAUCAUACAUCCCACUCGCCACUCAAUCCCCACCUCAAUGGUCCAGCACACGUACUUCUGAAUGCGAAAUCUGUAGCCGUGCGGUCCCGUUAACCUAUCAUCACCUCGUACCACGCUCUAUGCACGAACGUGCUGUCAAGCGUGGGUGGCACCCUCCCGAGAUGCUCAGAAGCGUCGCUUGGUUGUGUCGACCAUGUCACAGUGCUGUACACGCAGUCGCGUCGAAUGAAGAACUUGCGAAGGAAUUUUAUACGUUAGACAGGUUACUCGCCCGACCUGACAUACAACGAUGGGAAAAAUAUGCCGCGAAGCAGAGGUGGGGUGCGCGACGAGGAUGA